CCUUUCACUCAUGAUGCAGCGGCAAAUAUGUCUGUCCGCUAGUUAAGUGUGUGUUCAAAAACGCUAGCCAAAAUGUCUUAAAGUUGGGAUUAUAGAAAUUCCAAUUCAUUGUGUUUCUAUUACAACGGGAGACAUUUUAUAGCAGCUCAUAAUUAAUGCGUGACAACUGAAGAAAAAUGACGUCCAUUAUAAAGCUGACAGCCGUGUCAGGGGUUCAGGAGGAGUCGGCCCUUUGUUAUCUCCUGCAGGUGGAUGAAUUCCGCUUCCUCCUGGACUGUGGCUGGGAUGAGAACUUUUCCAUGGACAUCAUUGAUGCUAUGAAACGAUAUGUUCAUCAAGUCGAUGCUGUGCUCCUCUCUCAUCCUGACCCCAUACACCUGGGAGCCUUGCCAUAUGCUGUGGGCAAACUCGGCCUAAACUGUACCAUCUAUGCCACCAUUCCUGUCUAUAAGAUGGGACAGAUGUUCAUGUAUGAUCUAUAUCAGUCUCGAAACAACAGUGAAGAUUUCACACUCUUCACUCUUGAUGAUGUGGACUGUGCUUUUGAUAAAAUCCAGCAGCUGAAAUACUCUCAGAUUGUCAACCUGAAAGGCAAAGGACAUGGUCUCUCCAUCACACCACUUCCAGCUGGUCACAUGAUAGGAGGCACCAUUUGGAAAAUUGUGAAGGACGGUGAGGAGGAGAUUGUUUACGCCGUGGACUUCAACCACAAGAGAGAAAUCCACCUGAAUGGCUGUUCUUUGGAGAGCAUCAGUCGUCCUUCCUUACUUAUUACGGACUCCUUCAAUGCUACAUAUGUGCAGCCACGCCGUAAACAAAGAGACGAGCAGCUCCUUACUAAUGUAAUGGAGACCUUGCGGGGUGACGGUAAUGUCCUUAUUGCCGUGGAUACAGCUGGGCGCGUGUUGGAGCUGGCUCAGCUCCUGGAUCAGAUUUGGAGGACAAAGGACGCUGGUCUGGGAGUUUACCCACUAGCUCUGCUUAACAAUGUCAGCUACAAUGUGGUGGAGUUUUCCAAGUCCCAGGUGGAGUGGAUGAGUGACAAGCUCAUGAGGUGUUUUGAGGACAAGAGAAACAACCCGUUCCAGUUCCGUCACUUGACCCUGUGCCACAGUCUGGCAGACCUGGCCCGGGUGCCCAGCCCCAAGGUUGUGCUUUGCAGCCAGCCCGACCUCGAGUCUGGCUUUUCUCGAGAACUCUUCAUCCAAUGGUGCCAAGACACCAAAAACUCCAUUAUCCUGACCUACCGCACUACACCUGGAACCCUGGCUCGCUACCUCAUCGACAACCCCGGAGAGAAAAUGCUGGAUCUGGAGGUGCGGAAAAGAGUGAAGCUGGAAGGCAAGGACCUGGAGGAAUACCUUGAAAAGGAGAAAAUAAAGAAAGAAGCAGCUAAGAAACUUGAACAAGCAAAAGAGGUGGAUGUGGACUCCAGCGAUGAGAGCGAUAUGGAUGAUGAUCUGGAUCAGCCAGCUGCAGUAAAAAACAAACACCACGACUUGAUGAUGAAGGGUGAGGGGAGCCGCAAAGGUAGUUUCUUCAAACAAGCCAAAAAGUCUUAUCCAAUGUUCCCCACGCACGAGGAAAGGAUCAAAUGGGACGAGUAUGGGGAAAUCAUCAGGCUGGAAGAGUUUCUGGUUCCUGAACUGCAAGCCACAGAGGAGGAGAAAAGCAAACUGGAAUCUGGGCUGACCAAUGGUGAUGAACCUAUGGACCAGGAUCUCUCUGUUGUUCCAACCAAAUGCAUCUCCAGUGUAGAAAACCUUGAAAUAAGAGCGAGGGUAACGUAUAUAGACUACGAAGGUCGCUCUGAUGGCGACUCCAUCAAGAAGAUUAUUAAUCAGAUGAAGCCAAGACAGCUUGUGAUUGUUCACGGGCCGCCAGAGGCCAGCCUGGACCUGGCCGAGUCCUGCAAGGCUUUCAGCAAGGACAUCAAGGUCUACACACCCAAACUGCAGGAGACUGUAGACGCCACCAGCGAGACACACAUCUACCAGGUGCGGUUGAAAGACUCCUUGGUGAGUUCUCUGCAGUUCUGCAAAGCCAAAGACACGGAGCUCGCGUGGAUCGAUGGCGUGCUGGACAUGCGCGUGGUGAAGGUGGACACGGGCGUGAUGCUGGAGGAGGGUGUGAAAGAGGAGGUCGAGGACAGCGAUCUGGCCAUGGACGUCGCCCCUGAUCUUGGCAUUGAUCACAGCACCACGGCGGUGGCAGCGCAGCGUGCCAUGAAGAACCUGUUUGGAGAAGACGAGAAGGAGUUCUCUGAAGAGAGCGAUGUUAUUCCUACGCUGGAGCCACUGCCUCCACAUGAGAUUCCGGGGCAUCAGUCAGUGUUCAUCAACGAGCCUCGCCUCUCUGACUUCAAGCAGGUCCUGCUGAGAGAAGGCAUCCAGGCCGAGUUUGUGGGAGGAGUGCUGGUAUGCAACAACAUGGUGGCCGUCCGCAGGACGGAGGCUGGACGCAUUGGCCUGGAAGGUUGCCUGUGUGACGACUACUAUAAGAUCCGGGAGCUGCUGUAUCAGCAGUACGCCGUGGUAUAGCAGCAGCAGCAGCAGCAGCAGAAGAAGCAGAAGCAGAGCACACCAUGGCAAUACAGAGACAAUCCUUUACAAGAACUUUACCCAGAGGACAAGAGUGUACUACACUUGGGCAACCUCUGCCCCAUGGGCGGCUCCAGCUGUUUUACUGCACACCUUGUUGUACAUUUUCCAUUUUUAUAAUUUUUUCCAGAUAACAAUGUUUUUUUAUUGUUAGUUUACCUCUGCAAGAAUGAGAGACAGAUGCUUUCUCUGGAUUGACCUCUCUGUCUGAACAGACUGAAUUUCAUACACUUAAAACUCCUCCCACUGUACAGUAACAACCUAAUGCACUGGAUGGACUACAGGAUGCUCUUUCCCUCACAUUGUCAUUAAGAACAGUUUGUUUUCUUUUUCGUAAAUGCAUUGCUGUUGUCUCAGAUGUCCAUAGUUUGGUUUGGAUAUUAAACUUAAAAAAAACAGUAAUUUUCAUAUCCAUCCAUAAAGUAGUUAAAUGCUGUGUACCACUGUUGGUCCAUUGUUGGAAUUGUUGAGGUCACUAUACAGUAUAGUGGCUAGACACUUAGUGACCACUUUAUUAGCUACCUCUGUGCAAUCUGAUGCAAUACAUUACAAUUGUUCUGCCAUAAAGUCUGCUCUUAUGAUGUAAUGUUCAGUUUUCAAUUCAGUGUUUUAGCACUGAGGUCACAGUGAUGUGUUAUGAUGGACUGCAUAAUAUUCAGAGGUGUUUCUACAAUUCUGCCACCAUUUCCAAUCAUGUAUGGUAAUAGGGAGAUCAAAAACUUAGGAACACCUCUCAAUACUCAAUAGGUACGUACAACAACACCUUUUAACUAUCACUGAAGUGAAAAAAGAACAACAUGUAAUUGGAUUAACACAUUUCCAACAAAAAAACAAACAUUGUAAUCCCUUGUGAAGGUAGAAUUUAUGGUAGAGCUGUUGUAUUGUACAGGAAUACCUAAUAAAGUGGCCACUGAGUGUAUUUCACACUCAGGAUUCGCACAUUCAAAUAUAAUGGCAGAGGAAAAAUAUAUUGUGUGCUGUAGUAAACCAUGAGUUUUGUUUACAUAUUCUUUGAACAUAUAUUUCCAUGUUACUCGAAAUAGUUGGUCAUUUUUUGAGUUUUUGUGCAGCUGUUCUCCAGCGAUUAAUUAGUGCAUUUCCAUUAAGUUGGCGAACUUGCGAGAGGCGGGCUUAAAAAGAGAAACAGUCCAAAUCGCAGCAGCCGAGGCCGAGAUAUCCUGAGAUUUAGUCUGUAUUAUAGGUCAAGCUCCAAAAACGCUAGAUGCUACAGUUCUCAAAAUGAGGCUCGAUGGCGUCCUCCAUUACAUCGUCAUUUCAACCUUUCCUGUCUGGACAGUUCCCACACCUGCAGCUUGUAAUGGUUGACAACAUUAAAGUAAUUUUCAUAAAAUCAACAAAGCUUCUCUAGAACCACAGGAGACGUCUGUUCACAUACACGCAGAUGAAUAAUGUCAGGAUAAACCCCUGUGGAUGUAUCAUCUGCUUUUUUUUUACGGAUGUCCCAAAACAAUCACG